GGAAAGAUCGGCACCGUCGGAUUGGAGAGAGAGAGAGAGAGAGAGAGAGAGAGAGGGUCAGAUUUCGCGUCCGUCGAGCGCACACAACAGCACCUUCCUCUCGUCCCCCUCGGCCGUCCGCGACAUGGGAGUGGUGAUCGAGAGCGAUCGAUGGGAGCCGAAGCCCUCCGCCUUCAUCGUCCUCUCCGCCGCCUGCUUCGCUUCCGUCUUUCUGCGCCCUUACUUCUCCAAGAGCAACGCCGCCAGGGGAUCCGGGGCGUCUUCUCUGCUCGAUCUCGGCCCUACGUCCCCUUUUCUUCGCUUCCAGAGGGGCUUCUUGCUGCUCUACUCGCUGGCUUCCGUAAUGGACGGCCUUGAAUCGAUGUUUGGUGAGUAUGAGUUCGCACUAUACGGAAUCAGCCGUGAGCAGAUGACAUGGUAUCUCUCCAUAGGAGCUGUGGCUGCUCUCCUUUUUGGUACUUUCUCCGGCGUUCUUUUUGAUAUGGUGGGUCCAAGAAAGGCUUGUCUGUUAUUUUGCAUUCUUCAUCUUUUUGUUGGUGUCUUGAAGAGUGUGGUCAGGCAUCCAACUGUCUGGAUAUCAAGUAUAUGCUUAUCACUUGCUUCUUCUUUGUUUUCAUUCUGUUAUGAGACAUGGAUGGUAAUGGAACAUGAAAAGCAAGGUCACAAGCAAGAUCUUCUGAGUGAUACAUUUUGGUUGAUGACCUUUUUUGAGUCUCUAUCUCUAAUCGGCAGCCAAGGGCUGGCAAAUUUGUUAGUUAAAGAUCUUAAAAGAAGAUCCCUUUCCCCUUAUGUUCUGGCUGCCUUAUUGGCAAUUUUAAGCGCUCUCUGUAUCAGGAAACAAUGGAGCAGAAGUUAUCAUAUAAUUUCUGUUGACAGUUAUAUAAAAUCAUUCUCAGCUCAUGUUCUUAGAGACAAAAAGAUUUUGGCUCUAGCAUGGACUCAAGCAAGUAUCCAUUUCUCCAUGUCAGUUGUUUGGAUCCUUUGGGCACCGACCUUAGUGGCAGAUGGAAGGGAGGUGAAUCUAUCUAUGAUAUACCCUUGCUUUAUUGGCUCAAGAAUGCUUGGGAGCACUGUUUUUCCAUGGUAUUUUAGUGAGGUAAAAUCAUUUGGAAAUGAGGAUUGCCUAACAACCGCUUUGGGGGUUGCUGGUUUAGCUUUGUUCAUUGUCGCUUAUGAUUACCAGGAGAUUGGAUUUCUGGUUAUUCUAUUUUGUGUCUUUCAUGCUUGUGUCGGGUUUAGUUUGCCUUCACUUGCAAGAUUGAGGACAAUGUACCUACCUAAUGAGCUUCGUGGGGGGAUGAUAAGCUCCUCGCUAGCACCGGCUAAUGUAGCAAUUUUGUUAUUUCUGCUCAAGGGUGGUUAUCAUCAAAAUCUUGCGAAUUCUACAAUUAUGGCUCUUUCUGCUUUUGGCCUAUUAAUUGCUGCUGGCUGCAUUUAUAAACUGAGAUCAUGGCGAAAGCAGUGCCGUCAAGACUGGCAUUAUACAUAACCACAAUAAAAAUAGUCCAAGAGCUAAUCAGGCACAUCUCAGAUAGUCUUUUGUUCUAUGCUCAUAAGCACAGAAAGCCAGGGUUCCUUUCCGUUUGUCGAUUCUUGUAUCUUGCAUUCCUUCAUGGAUCUUGUUGAGGCUGAGACAACCGUAGUAUUGUUUGUUUUAAUCAAUGUUUUGCAGUGAAUUUGAAAGACAGUGAGGUGUUGUAGGAAUGGGACUCAGUACCAGUCAAUUUUUGGCAUGUCAGAGGACAAGAAUUUACUAAGAUGAGUCCUAACAUGAUAAAAAAAAAGAAUAAAGCUGUAGAAAGGGCGUUGCUGUUUCUUUCUUCUGCAACAGGAGCCUAUCCUAAGGUAACCCAAGCGAGCACCCCUCUAUUUGUUCCCUCAGUACAAAUUUUUUUUUUUUUUUUUUUGCGCAAGUUUAAUUUCUGUUUAACAACAUUGCAAAGUGACUGUUACAUCUCAAGUUAGAAAACGUAUUGUUCCAUUACCUAAUUAUCAAAGUAUUAGAAUGAUCGAUCGGGUUUAUGCAUGGUUUAAAUAUCCAAAGUUGAAGUUUAAUAUGAUCUACAUGGUAAUUCGUAUAAUAAUUUAGACUUGCAUGGCCGGAGUGCUGGUGUUUCUGUUACAUGAUAGUGUCACAGGUUUUGCUAUUUGAAUGUUUAUGCUUCAGCCACUGCUACAUGAAAUGGUGUAUCUGAAUCAGUGCUUCUCCAUCGGUGAAUUAAUCAAGGAAUAAGAAGGUAAAGGUAAGCCUUUUUUUCUGCGUCAGCUGUUGGAUUUCUUUUGGACUUUCUCAAGAGCAACUUAUUGGACUUUUUCUAUGUUGUCGUUUUCUUGAGCCUUCCACCACAGAGGGUUUUAUCUUAUCGGAUCAAUUCCUUUUUGCAUAUACAAGUUAGAAUCCAUGUGUUGAUGCGCAUUGUUGAGUGAAUACAAUAUACAGAAUUAAGUAUACUUUUUCGUGCAAAAUACAAUGGUCUUUCUUAUUGUCUGUACAUUUUCUUUAUAUUAUUUCGAUUUUCGAUUUUUUUAAGGAAAAAAAGUUGGAUCAGUCUAAAUGAACAAAUGACCUGUUUUUGUUAGUUUUUAAAUGGUAGAUAAUGAACAAAUCCAUUUUACCAAAUGAUUUUUAAUAUGUUAAAAAACCCAUUUGCAAUCUCUUAUUGAAACCCAUUAUGUAUGCUAUGCAUUGAGGAAGGUGAGCCAGCUCGCACGCACUAUUUAUGUUUUAGCAAACUUGAUUCUGAUUAUAAUAUGAAUUAAUAGUGUUAGAACAAAAUGUAAAAGAAAAUAACCCUAUGAUAAUAUUCAUAAGUUAACUUGAUAUCAAAGUGGAAGAUUAUGUACUCAAAUUUCCAAGCCACUAUUCAAAAAAAAAAAAAAAGAAAUCUUGGCCAGCAUGAGUAAAAUUAAUAUACUUAGUAUAUUUGUCCUAUAUGAUCACUAAAAACUUCACACUUCACCCCAAAGAUGUGCCUCAGUGACAUGAAAUCAAUGACAAGACAACGUGGAUUAACAAGUGCUAUUAUAGCUGUCUCAAGGUUUCCUAAAGGUAUUUCUUUUGGUGCACUCCUAAUUAGUCUGUUAAUGAUCUUGCAAUGCAAACGUCUCUAAUAUUUGUUUUUUUUUGUUAAACCUAAUUUGACUAAGAGAGAUGUAGGCUUCAAAUAAAUAUUCUUACAUUUAUAUUACUGUUAGUAUAUUCUUGGAAUCUCUCUUUUUUGGUUUUUUUUUUCUUCUGGAAGGUGUCUCAUAUUUUUAUUUUUCGUAAAUGGUGUUUCUAUUUACUGUUAUACCUAUAAUGCCCAUCAUCGUCGCCCGUCACUUUCGCCCUCGCUCUCGUUUGUAGUUAUCGCCAUUAAGGCCCUCUUUUGUUGUUAUUAUUAUGUUCUCAUUGUUAUCUCCACCCUCGUCCUCGUCAAUGGUUGUCGUUAUUAUUGUGCUUUCAUUCAUUGACUUCGCUCUCAACCUUGUUCGUUUCGUCAUUAUUGAGGUAUUGCAAAGGCUCACCUGGACGGUCUUGCCCUCCUUUGACUCCUUCAUUAUUGACCUUUGUUGGCGGUUUCACCAUCAUCCUUCCUCCAUCGUCAUUGAUAGUGGAGGCAUCACGGAGGGCGAAGUCCUCCUGAUGGGGCCUUAGCGAUACCUCGAUAAUAGCAGACAAGGGUGAGGGUGGUGGACAAGGGCAAAGGCGAUGGACAAGGGUGUGAUAACAAUGAUAGCAACGGAUGAGGGUGACAAACGAAGACAAGGAUAGAGAAGAUGGACGAUGAAGGCACGAUGAGGGGGGAGUUGGUAGAUGAGGGCAAGGUGGUAAUGAUAGUGGCGAAUGAGGGCCUCAGCGACGAACAAGAACAAAGGCAUAGGUGACAAAAUGAUGGGUGAUGACGAGGGGCAUUACGACUAUUACAAAAAAUGGGAAACCAAAAAAAAAUAAAAAAAAGGAAACACCUUCUGAAACAAGUCUAAAAAAAAUUUCAACAAAAUUGCCCUAUAUUCAUCCUAGCCGGACUCAUCGGAUCCCAAAGUAGCAUAUCAUUAGAUCCCAAAGUAGCAUAUCAAAAACGCAUUCUACUUCUUAUAUAUAUAGAUGAUAAGGGUUAAUUAUAGAUUACCCAUUAUAGCUACCUUUAGCGUUUCGAUUCUUACACUUUAAAAAGUUACAUUUGGUAUCCAUAUAGUUACGAAAGUGAAAUAUUUAAAUCUAUUUACCCUAACCACAUCAGUUUUAUCGAUGAAAAAAUAAAAACAAUGGGCAAAAAGAUAAUUUUAACAUUCGUUGGCGGACGAUGUUGGUGGUGGUAGAUGGCGGCAUCGCCGACGUCGACGUCGACGUAGUUGCCUUGCCACCUCUGAUAAUGAUAAGGUCUGCUCUCACCGUGACGCCACUCGCAUCAAUGAGGAGCAUGCCACUGACCUCAUCGUCGCCCACCCCGUGUUGCUUUGCAUUUGUGUCGACUCUAACACAGUUGUCGAGCGACAAUUGCAUUGAUAUCGAAGCAGAUGGUAGUGGUCGUCGUAGUGUCUACGAUGAGGCGGCCGCCACCAUUUGCGUCAAUGUUGAUGCAGUUGUUGCUUGGCAACUGCGUCAGUGUUGACGCAAAUAUAGAGUGACACAGGGCGACGAUGAGGUUAGCAACGCGCUCCUCAUGGAGGUAGAUGGCAUUGCGGUGAGAGCGGAUCUUUUCGUCGUCGGAGAUGGCCAACAACUGUGUUGACAUCGAUGCCAACGACAUCACCGUCCACCAUCGAUGCCAACUGACGUUAUUACAGUAAAUGGACCUAGAUAUUUUACUUUCUUAACCAUCUUCACUGUAGAUACCGGGACAGCUACCACCAUCUUCCUCGACGCCGAUGUAGUUGCUGCUUGGCAACUACAUCAGUAUUGACAUAAAUGCAAAGCAACACGGGAAGGGCGACGAUGAGGUCGAUGGUGCGCUCAUGGAGGCGGAUGGCAUCGUGAUGAGAGUGGAUCUUAUCGUCGUCGAAGGUGGCUAACAACUGCAUCGACACUGAUGCCAAUGACGUCAUCAUCCACCGUUGAACGUUAAAAUUAUUAUUAUUCUUUAUUUACGUAUCUUUGUUUGUAAAAUUGACGUUAUUAUGGUAAAUAGAUUUAGACGUUUUACUUUUAUAAUUGGUCAGAAUGAUUAGUCUGGACGUUAAUAUAAUUUUUUAAAGUAUAUGCGGUAAUAUGUAAUUAGUCAAGAUGAUAAUGAAUUAAGCUAUAGGGAUGCCACACGUUCGAGGAACCGACGAAGAUGUUUGAAGGCCCCUAUGGAUCCGAGAUCGCAUUACAAAUAGAUGCGAUGCCGAGACCAACAGCAGGAGCUCCUCACAAUUCCACACAUCCCAUUAUCGAAACCCUCCCGAGUACGUUGCAGACCAUGGAAUCCGGUCGCCGGAAGAUCCCCAGCGGCCGCGGAAAAGCCUGCGCCGCUGCCGCCAAUAUCGACCGGCCGAUGCCGAUGGCCGCCACUGCUUGUCUGCUCCUAAUCAUCCUUCUCGGCGUUGCGCUACUGGUGUGGUGGACUGCGGUCUUCCACCCGGGCAACGAGCAGCUGUGGAUGGUGCCCCUCGGCCUGCUCAUGGUCGGCACGCCCGCCAUGAUCUGCUUCGCCCUCUCCUCCGAUUGCACGUCGCCAGACGUGGUGCCCGAUCCCGACCCAGAAAGAUGAUAGCGUGAGCUACUCGCCAGUUAUCCUCAACAUAUACAUAUCUCUCUCUCUCUCUCUCUCUCUCUCUCUCUCUCUCUCUCCUCUCUCUCUGUCUCUCUGUAUCAUCAUCUUCUUCUUCUCUACCUGAUGCUUCCAUAAGAACAAGCAUAUCAUUACACUCAAUUCUUCCUUA